ACUCCCCUGUGAAAUAUGAUGUCUGGACACACCCUCCAAAGCCUUGUUUGGAUUCAGUGGCUAUGAAGGUGACAGAUCAAAGGGAGUUACAUCUCUCAGGAGAGUCCCCUCCUAACUUCUCUACUUUUGAGCAUGCAAGGGGCUGAGGAUGUGGUGAUGCUGGUUGUGGUGGCGACAGCCAGGAGCUGAUCUCUGAAUUGUUUUGUGGUUGAGCAAGACUUUACUUUCGUUUGGUGUUUUUCUUUUCCUUUUUUGUACUGUUUGUCUAAUGGCUAAACUGCUCCAAGGACCAGCCCUGUAGCACUUCUCAGGAGUGCUGGGAAAGAGUUUGUCUGUGAGAGCUGUCAUCACUCCCAACUUGGCAGUGAAGUCUGGAGAGCUCAGUUCACACCGUAGAUGUGAAAACAAGGCAAGAAGAGGUGCACUAGAUGAAGGGCUGGGACAGCUGAGGAAGAUGGUAUUGUGGAUCUGAGCUAUAGUACCCUCUUCCCUCAUACUUAUGGCAUUGGGGACAUGACAACAUUUCAGAAUGGCUGUGGAAAUGGCACCACUGUUACCUGUAUAGUAAUGGAUAAUAAAGAACCAAGAAGUAUAACUAGCCAUGGGGGAUGCAAUAGCGACACCAAAACUGAAGAGGAAAUACAAGAUGACAAUCUCAGCCCUUCAAAAAUCAUGCGCUUUUUCUCUGCCCCUAGGAAACGAACUACCGCCAACUCCGAAAGGCCUCGUUCUCUGAUUGUGAUGGGCAGCUCUUCAACGUGGAAUGCUUUGUCGUCCAUUAGAAAAAUGGGAUCGUUCAAGAAAUUAAAAUCUUCAGUUCUUCAAGGAAUUCAGGCCAGAGAAAGCUCAGAUGUCUUAAAUGAGAACACUGUGGGAAAACAUGUCUCGAAUGGUGGAGUGGUGAGAGUUCAGACUAACCGGUAUUCUUAUUCGGGGCCUUUACAUGAUUUCCAUAAUGCAGUGGAUGGUUUGGCUUCUGAUUGCUCUGAUGUAGAGGAAAGUGAUGAUUCCUUCCUGAGGAACACUCACCGAUCACGCAGUAUCAGACGCGCCUAUGGUGUUGGCCGCAUCAAUUUAUUAGACACUGAUAAAAUUCAGAGUCAGCAGAACUGCACCAGGCCAACAUCUCCCAUCACCCAGGAGCCAAAGAUCUGUGAAAUUUUAGUGAAAGAUCCUGAAAACAACAGGAUUAUCUACAGGAGAAGCAAAAGCACAGAUAACUUAAACUUUUUGAAAAAGAGCUCAUUCAAACGAAAGUCCACCUCAAAUCUCACUGACCUCAAGAUUGCAAGUGAAAAGCAAGUGCCACAAAGGACAGUAAGCACUUCCUUUGCUGACUCGGACAAAGCCAGUGGAAACCCAGAGAGACGGUCAAAACGCUGGAAGAGCCCUAUCAGAGCAAAGGAUUUUGACAGAGUUUUGAAACUUGUAAGCAAUGUUACAGAUGUUGCAUGGAAAAAAGAUGGUCCUAAGAGCACGACUCCUCCUCUGAACGAACAAAACCAGAGAACAAGGCCAAACAGCAGACUACAUGAUGACUAUUCCCGCAGGGUUUCUAGUAGCAAUGAAAAUGACAGACGGAGGUGCAUUUCCCCUGUGUGCAGUCCAGAUUCUAUCUUUUCUGGAACUCCGCAUCUUCAUAGUCCAACUGUUCCUCAGGAUACAGACACUGAAACAAAUGUAUUUACUGGUGAAACUGACACCCUUAGGACAUUAUCAUGCGUCCUAGAUGAUGUUAGUUCAUCACACGCUUUUGACAACCUUAGUGCACUUCCUAAUGAAGUGUUUUAUGUAGACUCUGAUGAACCAAAAAGUUCCAGUCAGUUUAUGUGUGAAUCUGAGCAGCCUAGCAUUCCUCUUAGGCCCACUGCCCCUAAACCUCAGAGCCCCAGUGCUGAGAAGGUCAAGUGCAAUAUUAAUUUCCAUUGCCCAGAUCGUCACAGCACGUUGUCACUGAGCUCAAUGGAAAGUGAGGAAAGAGUUGAGUUACCUGCCCCGAAGUUGGGGAGAAAUCCUGUUUGCUUCCAGGAUUCAGUGCAAACUGGGUACUAUGAUGAUGGAAAUGAAGACAGUGGCAUAAGCAGCCACUCUCAGCUGAGCCUCAAUUUAGCUUCUGGUACUGAAGAAAAGAAGGAAGAGGUUGUUGUUGAUGACCAGUGGAGUAUGUCCCCAUCCCAGGAUGAAGAAAGGACAGAUGCACAAAAGUUCACUCCCAGAAGAUGGGGCUCUGGAAAAAGAUCUCGGCCAAGGCCACUCUCAGACUAUGGUCAGUUGGCAAUCAGGAGUUUCUCAAUACCAGAAGAUUCAGUUCCAGUGGAGUCUCAGAAAACAGACUGUGUAGAUGGUGAAAGUCAGCCUGGAUUUGCUUCUGUGGAGUCUACAGCUCAAAUCAGUACAGUAGGUCACCAAAGAGGGCGAAAACGAAGACCCAUCUCUUUAAUAGGUGGGAUCAGUUUCUAUGGGAACAGCCAGACAGAAGAAAUAGAAGAUCUGCUGACACAACCAAUAACAAGGCCACCUGUUCCAGCCCACCAAGUUCCCCCAUAUAAAGCUGUUUCAGCCAGAUUCCGGCCCUUCACCUUUUCACAAAGCACCCCCAUUGGCCUGGAUCGAGUGGGACGGAGGCGGCAAAUGAGAGCAUCUAAUGUUGUUACAGAUGGUGGAACUGAAUCUUCUGCCUUAGUUGAUGACAAUGGUAGUGAGGAGGAUUACAGUUAUGAGGAGCUCUGCCAACCCAGCCCUAGAUACCUGCAGCCUGGAGGGGAACAGCUAGCAAUUAAUGAGCUGAUAAGUGAUGGCAGCAUGGUCUAUGCAGAGGCACUGUGGGACCAUGUGACUAUGGAUGAUCAAGAGCUGGGUUUUAAAGCUGGGGAUGUCAUCCGAGUCCUUGAAGCUUCCAACAAAGACUGGUGGUGGGGAAGAAAUGAAGACAAGGAAGCCUGGUUUCCAGCUAGCUUUGUCAGGCUACGAGUUAAUCAGGAAGAACUACCAGAAAAUUGUGGUAGCAUCCAAGAUGAAGAGCAACAUGCAGAUGCUAGUAAACAUCGCCAAAAAAUUGCUGAAAACAAGGAUCAGAUGAGAACCAAUGUUAUACAGGAAAUAAUGAACACGGAGAGAGUCUAUAUCAAACAUCUCAAGGACAUCUGUGAGGGAUAUAUUCGGCAGUGUCGUAAACAUACAGGAAUGUUCACCACGGCUCAGUUAAACACCAUUUUUGGAAACAUUGAAGAUAUUUACAAAUUCCAAAGAAAGUUUCUGAAAGAUCUUGAGAAACAGUACAACAAAGAGGAACCUCAUUUAAGUGAAAUUGGAUCCUGCUUUCUUCAACAUCAAGAAGGUUUUGCCAUCUACUCAGAAUAUUGUAACAAUCAUCCCAGUGCCUGCCUUGAGCUUUCCAACCUAAUGAAACAGGGCAAAUACCGUCACUUCUUUGAGGCCUGUCGCCUGCUUCAGCAGAUGAUUGACAUUGCUAUUGAUGGCUUUCUCCUUACACCUGUUCAGAAGAUCUGUAAAUACCCUCUUCAGCUUGCAGAGUUACUCAAAUAUACGACCGAAGUGCACAGUGAUUAUAACAAUAUACAGGCAGCGUACGACGCCAUGAAGAAUGUAGCAUGCCUCAUCAAUGAGCGCAAACGAAGGCUGGAAAGCAUAGACAAGAUUGCAUGCUGGCAAGUGUCUAUUGUUGAUUGGGAGGGGCAGGAUGUUUUAGCCAGAAGCUCAGAACUGAUCCACUCAGGCGAAUUGACCAAAAUCUCAAAGCAAGGCAAAAGCCAGCAGAGGAUUUUUUUUCUUUUUGACCAUCAGCUUGUGUUUUGUAAGAAGGACCUGCUGCGAAGGGACAUGUUAUAUUACAAAGGUCGGAUUGAUCUGGAUGAGAUGGAACUUGUGGAUAUUGAGGAUGGCAAAGAUAAGGACUUUAACAUUAAUAUCAAGAACGCUUUCAAAACUGUGAAUAGAGCAACAGAAGAGGUUCAUUUGUUUUGUGCAAAAAAACAGGAAGAUAAGAAAAGAUGGUUGGAGGCAUGUGAAAAUGAAAGGCGAAGAGUGCAGGAAGACAAAGAAAUGGGAAUGGAAAUCUCAGAAAAUCAAAAGAAACAAGCCAUGCAAAAUGCCAGAAGAUCAAGGCAUGGAAAAAUUAAAGGUAUAAGUUAUAAUGGAUGUCCCAUGCCUCCUCCACACCAGAGUUUACAUCCUAUUCAUCAACGCCACAUCACUGUGCCCACCAGCAUUCCACAGCAGCAGGUCUUUGCCCUGGCAGAACCCAAACGAAAGCCAUCCCUUUUCUGGCACACUUUCAACAAACUUACCCCAUUCAAGAAGUGAGAGGGCUGAAGUCAUUGGAAGGACACUGGCUGAAGGAGAGAUGUCUUCUUGAGAAGAACCUUUGGGAUGCAGCUGAAUAUGUUUGAGCUGGAAAACUGUGAAUCCUCUCUUUUGGAGGGAAAGACUUAGGCUCUGCCUGAGCCAAAACAUCACCUUUGUCUAGAAGGAAAAUGAAGUUCAUGAGGUUCUAUGACGAAGAAUCCAGAUGGUUCUGAAGUAAAUGUUGACAUGCAUCAAUAAGCAUUGCUAAUGAGGAGCACAUUACUUGGUGACAAAGGCAAAUUGCUGUUAUUCUAUAGUAGCAGCAUCUAAUCUCUCUUUUUAGUCACACUUCAUUAAUGGUAGGGUCAUUUGAACAUUUCAUUUUUCUUAAUAGUGAAUUGAUGGCCAAAUUUAGGAUUAGGAAGGAAUUCUUCCCUCAGGACAUAUUGGCAAGGGAUUUUAGGAGAAUUUUCUCCGUCCUUUGGAUCACUGAGCAGGGGUCAUCCAUCAGGAUCAGGUGAGUGAAUCCCACCUGAUUUCACUUGAUGUGAUGCAGAAACUAAUGGACCUCAACACUUCCUGUCUUUUUCAAUGUUCCUGUACAUUUGCCAAAUGGCAGUAGGAAGUCCCGCAAGGCCUUAUCUUCUAGGUUAGAAUAGAGAAAUUUUUUGACUCCAUAUUACGGAAAAAUGAACAAAAAAAGACUGCAAGGAUUUAUGUAUUUACUGCAAUAAGGACCGGAAAGAGGAAGGACCCACCGAAUGAUUCUUUCCAACCAAGGUACCAUACUGCAUUCUUGUAUGCGCUGCCAUAUACAUUUCAUUUCUUGCCCACACCUCCUAUCCUGUGAGACUCGUCUCUGUAAUUCCAAUAUGGCUGUGUUUCAGUAUAAAAACUAAAGUGUUUUGUUUUUUUAAUCAAAUGAAGAUAAUGUGAACAUACAAAAAUGCCAGGUUAAGGAACCAUGAGAGACUACUAGAUAGUUUUGGUUAUAUAAUUCACACUGUAAAUUCUGUCUGCAUACAACUUUCCAGAUAAAGUCUAUGAACUGUAACAAAAGUUUCCAUCAAGUUCCUGAAGCUGUCUUUGAUUCUGAACCUCUUACACAUCAGUCAAGUGACAGUGGGGUUUUAUUACUUCAAAAUGUUAAAGAGAAAAUGACACCAGUAUUGACAAAGGACAUUGGUGGAAUCAGAAAUGGGCUUUGACUGAGAACCAUCAGUUUCUCUUGGAGAAGGAUGACCUUUUUUUGUGCUAAGGUCAGCUCUGGCCAGAAUCUGUAGUAUAUGGUUUGCACUGCCCUAUUUUGCUUUGCUUGUGACAUGAAGUUGAUUUGAAAGAAUACCCUUAAAAAAAAUCCAGUAUGAGAAAACAGUAUCUUGGAACUGGCAGCACUGAUCAUUUUUCUCAGUGGUCAUGUGUAAUGCUAAUGAGAGUUAUUAACAAGUAUGGAGGAGAGACUCCACAGGUUUCAGCACUGGUUUGUAAAGGAUUAAUUUCAAAUAUUUUCCCAUUACAAGAUUCCUAUGCUGCUGCUAAGGGGCAUUAUCUAAUAAUAAAGGCAGUUCCAGGAGUGUUCUUUGACAAAUGAACAUAAUCUUCCUUGCCAUGAAUGUGUAAAAAUAUGUGAAGAACAAAUAAUAGGUUAACGGGCAGGCAUCUUAUGGACAAUGUAAAAAGCCUUAUUUUAAACUUUGCUGUUGUUAUUCUCUCUGUUUUUACUUGUAGCCAGUCUUGUAGAGUCCAAAAGUUGGAGUGUAAAAUAAUUUAAUAACCAUGGUAGCUUCUACAAAGCAUGAACAAGCUCACUAAGGAUGCACACUAAUAAAUGUUUGUCAAUAGAUGUGUUAAAAAAAUACUUCAAUUUUUGAUGGACACAGACAUGACCUUUUACUAACAAGUGGUUUUAACUUUAAGUGAUGCAUUUUGGGAACAGUACAUUUGAAAUGCCUUCUGUAUAUAGCUUAUCAAUAACUGGGAAGAUCUGCUGAUGCUGAACUCAAUUAUCCAGUGUGUGGUGAACCUUAGUGCUUGUGUUUUUUUCAUAUUUAUUGAUGGAGUGAAAACCUGAAAUGUUUACGAACUGCUUCAUGGCAGAUCAAAUUAUUCACAGGCAUUUUUUUUUCUAAGCAAUUUGGAUUGAUCUAAUUUGGAAAAAAAAGCGUGCGGGAAAGUCAGCGAAAUAACUUGCUGGGUGCUUUGAGGGUAUUUUUUUAAUAUCUGUGUAAAAUAAGCCACCUCCUUUCAGAUUUUUUAAAGAUAAUUCUGAAUGUUCAGUGUAAGUAUAAGGACUAUAUUUCCAGAUCAAGGCACCUAAACUUGUGCUCCCACUAAAAUGGGGUAGCCAUGUUGUAUUUCUCAGUAGCCAUUUGUCUUAACAGUUGCCCAGUUCUGCUGUAGGAGUGCAAGUUAUGCGCAUGCAACUGGCAUGCAGACGUUUUUGAAGUCCUAGCUUCUCCACACACAUUUGGAAAGUUUUGUCCUAGACACAAGAAAAGACUCUUGGGCUGCACUGUACACCCAGCUGUUCCUCCACCCCGUCAGCUUUCUAUGUCAUACUGGCAUGAGCCUAAAGUGUUUGAGAGGCGCAUCCAUGGUUACACACUUGUCUUAGAUAAAACUUAUUCCACUCCAAAAAGCUAGUUCCUGUGGCAAUAGUGGAAAGAAAAUUAGAUUUCUGAAUGUACUUACUCAUAUGUGAAUACCUACAAAGACUCUUCUUUGCAUAGCAGUGCUUAGCCUUGGGAAUGAAGGCAAAAGUUUGAAUGUGUUUUUUGGAUGCACGAGUUCCUUUCUUCAGGAGAACCUCAUUCAUUUCAACGAGAUGCAAGGCAAAGCAUUUCAUGAUGCAGAUUAUUCAGGAUAGGUUUUAUGUACAGUAUAUUGCAUUUUAUCUGGUUUAUUGGUUUAUCAUCUUCUGUGUGUCUUUCCAUGCAGCCUAAUCCUGCACCAGGUGGGAAAAAGAGAGAGCAAUAUGGCAUGUUUAUGUACAUUUUAUUGGCUAAUUUAUUCAUCCGUGGUCUAAGAAUGUGCUCACUUGAUGGCAGGAUGACACAAAAUGGGCCAAAGGGAGACUCCAUCACAGGGUUUUGAAGAUAUCAUAGUUAAACACUGUUACAUUAUCCAACAAUCAAAGCACCUAUUAACCAAGAAGUUCAGCAUGAUUGUAGAGUCUUCAUGGAAGAACAGUUGCAAAUUAAAUACGAUGGCUAGUAGUUUAUCAAAAUUUACCUUGAAAAGAACUUUGUUAUUGUCUUACUCCUGAUGAAAUGGCUUUUCAUGUGCAUAUCAACAGAAAAAUCAGAAUUCAAUAGCUGUUAAUUUCAUCCCACUUUUCUUUGCUUUAAGUUAUUUCAUGUUCUAGUGCAACAAUUAAGCACAGCUGUGCCUCAUGUAGACAUAGCACAGCCAGGGAGAGCCUUCCUUAUUACCUAUUGAGCAGAUAACCUCAGACUUUUAGCUUGAAAAGCAUUAAAACAAUCUUCCUUGAAUGUGUUUCCUUUGGGUUAGGAUAAUGCCAAAAUGUAUCUGCAUCUAAGAGAUUUGAUCUUACUACAAAAUAAGUUUGUUUUACAAGUGGCUUUUGCCAUGCUGAAUUGCACAUUGAUUUUUAACAGUAAAAAGCAACGAAGGAGUUUGAAGAUAGACUACGUGAAUAUUCCGCAUUUAGUUAUUUUUUAUAUUAUCAAAACUUGGAGUUUGGGAGCCAAAGGUUCUUAGCCAUAACGAAUACAGUACCUUUCAUUGAUGGCCUUUCUUUUUCUAUGUCUGUGGCAUUUGUAUUUACGAGAUACUUUCUGAAUGAUCCUGUAAUUUAAGACUUUUUGUUGUAAAUAUUAGAGAUGACUUACAUAUGUAUUUUACUUGACAAAUGUUUCUGUAACAUUUUAUCUUAUGUACAUGCUUUGUGCAUUUUACCAUCUGCGUGCUGUUACACAUUGUAAAUCAAGUGUCAUGGCUACAGAACAGAUGAAUUGGCUGUUGACAGCUAAAGUACAAUGUAUAGGACUGCGGUGACUUCUUCUGAAGUAAUCAGUGUGUUGCAAGAUUUAUUUCCACUCAGUACGUGGUUUGUCAAAAUGAAUCUAUUUUCUGGAAAUGAGUACAAACCUACAUUUGUAUUAUUUUGUUCUCACUGUAUGUUUUAAUUAAAUAAUGUACAAAGCUGAAAUUCCUCAGCAGUUUGUCUUAUAAAAUUAUAUUGUGCAGUUUUUAAAAAUGGUGGCUGGUUUUGUUGUCUCUUAAAUCUUUUCACUGGGAUUUUAAAUACUUCUAAUAUCACAUUUCUUUAGAGCAAAAAUGUAAUGUCCUCCUCUAUUGGUUUUAUGAUUGUACCCAUUUACACUGUAUAGCCUGGAUUAAUUUUAAACAAAACCACUUAAGUUUGACUCCAGAUUUUAACUCUUCAUCAUUAAGAAAAUAUUUUAAACCUGGUUUUGCCCCAAUUACAUGUCUCUACCAUCAUUGCUCCUUGCCACCUUUCGUCAGACAGACAGUACCCAUCAGUCCCCCUUGGAAGUAAAUAAAAGUGUAGCAUUUUCUGGCACUAAUGAAAUUGGUGCUGAACAGAAGAUAAUUCCGUUUUGCAGCAACUUUUGGGGUUUCAAAAUUUUCCCUUCCACAUGGGAAUAAAAACAAUAUUUUGAACAUUUUUUCAAAAAUGGAAUUAUGUCAGGGGAGGUGUGUGUGUGUGCAUGCACAUGCAAGCUAUGGGCUGGACAGCGGGUAGAGUUGUAGGAGACCCAAGUCCAAAUCCCUGCUCUGCCUAAUUCAGAGCAGUUUUUUAUCCCAGAUUUCUCUGCUUCAGGCACAGAAGGGACUUAUCACAACUGGGAUGUGGGCAGUCUGACUUAGUGGUUGGAGCAGGAUUUGGGAGUCAGGCCAAGAUAUAUACUAGGUCAGAGGGCAAACUCAGUGUCAGGAG